GUGUGUGUGUGUGUGUGCAUGCUUGAAUGUGUCUGACAAGCUGUGUGUUUGUGUGUGUAUGUGAGGGGGUGUGAGAGAGAGUGUGUGUGUGUGUGUGAGUGUGUGUGUGUUUGUUUGUGUGUGUGUGUGUGUGUGUGUGUGUGUGUCUGAGAGAGAGAGAUAGCGCCAUGCUGUGGACUGUGCUGUUCGCCCUCCUGCUGCUGCUGGUCCUGCAGGCUCAGCUGUGCGUGUGUCUGCGUGAGCUCCGUGCCUCCACCGCCACCGCCUCCGCCUCCGCCCUGGCACUGCCCCCACUUCCACCGCCGCCCUCCCAGACCACCACCACUGCCGCCACCGCCGCAACCAAUGCCACUGCCCAGCGCCUCCCGGGAGCCAUCAUCAUCGGCGUGCGCAAAGGGGGCACGCGCGCCCUGCUGGAGAUGCUCAACCUCCACCCGGACGUGGAGGUGGCCAAGGCCGAGGUGCACUACUUCAACCUGGACGAGAACUACCGGCGGGGGCUGGACUGGUACCGUGCCCAGAUGCCCUUCACCCUGCCGGGCCAGCUGACGGUGGAGAAGACCCCUGGCUACUUUGCGGCGCCGCUGGCUCCGGAGCGCGCCUGGCAGAUGAACCCGGCGGUGCGGCUGCUGCUGAUCGUCCGCGACCCGGCCGAGCGGCUCGUCUCCGACUACACGCAGGUGCUGCACAACCGCCUGCAGCGUCACAAGCCUUACCAGCCCCUGGAGGAGCUGCUGCUCCUGGACGACGACAUCGACGACGACGGCGGCGGCGGCAACGACAGGCGCGCCAGGCGCAUCGACCCCGGCUACAAGGCCCUCCAACGGAGCCUCUACCACGUGCACUUCCAGCGCUGGCUGGAGCACUUCCCGCGCGAGCAGAUCCACGUGGUGGACGGCGAGGCGCUGGUCCGAGAUCCCUACCCGGAGCUGCGCAAGGCCGAGCUCUUCCUGGAGCUGCCGCCGCGCAUCAGGCCGUCCAACUUCUACUUCAACACCACCAAGGGCUUCUACUGCCUGGUCUCCGCCGGGCACGACAAGUGCCUGGACGAGUCCAAGGGGCGGCCGCACGCGCCGCUCAGCCAGAGGGCAUUCCACAAGCUGUGCCGCUUCCUGCGGGAGCCCAACAAGCGCUUCUUUGACCUGGUGGGUCGGACUUUUCGCUGGUGCUGAUAGUUCCAGCAAGGUCAGGUGGACCUAGGAGUCUAUUUGCUGUAUGAUCUAGACAUGCAGCAAAACCUGUCUCUGGAAAACAGGGGUUUCUAAUACCACUUGUACAUCAAUGGCCAGGGCCAAGAAAAUCAACCAGGGAAUGAACUCUGAUCGAAUGCCUCAGUAGGAAACAUUCCUGACUACUGUGGUGUGGGUGAGAGAGUCCACGUCCUGAUCACUGGAGAAACUCGGAAACAAGUGAGCCCAACGGAAUAGUUGGGCCCAAAGAAUACGUUAUCAAUAUUCAGGAAUAAUCUGUGGUUCCAACAAGGGGACCACCAAUGCAAUUGCUAAAAAUGGCAGAGCAUGUUUCAGUAAACACUCUGAGAAGAGGACAGCAACAAUAAUAGACAUGCAAUAUGCUCAUUUUGUUUACUUUGUCUGCAGUCUUGUUAGUUUGUGUCUGAGUCUGUGGCUAGAUACAUUAGCGGUCAGUAGCUACAAUAACACAUCUAGGCCAAAGUAAUCGCUCUAUAACUACUGAAUUGGGGACAGUCGAGUCCAAUUUGGACCAGCACUCACGCUGCAAUAACGAUUAGUUCCAGCUCUCCAAGUGCCCAUCAUGUUUGGAACUCAUCAACUGAGAGCUGUGCUGUUUUUGUCUGUAUGCUAUGUUCCAUGUGUAAAUAUCUUCCAGGCUCAGGACUGAUGGGCCUACAUGAUCCCACCUGAGGAAACAUGUCUCUCUUCAGAAAGGUUUUGAAGGAAUGUGUCCAUCAACUCAACCCAUUUGAUUAAAAAAGUACUCAGAGGUACUUGGGACAGCACAUUGUUAGGCAUAGAACAUUUUUUUUAUUUUGAAAAGGAGCCUGGUGCUACUGUGGCAUAUUUUUUUUGUUCUGGCCUAUUUGAUACCAUGGCAUUGUUUAAAUAAAUUACAGGUGUUUGUUACUGUAGGUGUUGGAACUAUGUAUUUAAGUUCAAUUUAUUAAUGUUCAAUGUACAUUUCUUUUUCUGAAUACAAUUGCGAUCUUAAAUUAAUUUUGCAAUUAAUAAUUCUGAAACAUAUGAAUUGCAUUUCAGUGCACAG